AUGGGAGAAAGGAAUAAACAACAAGUUCACAGUAAACAAGCAUACUUUUUUGUGAUCUGUGUAUGCAGUAAAUCAUUCAAUCUUACAGAACUGUAUUUUUGUAAUGGUUGUCAAAAGUUAAACUGCAAGCAUUGUGUAACUGAACAAAUUGAUUGUUAUUAUUGCCCAAAUUGUUUAGAUCAUGUAUCAGUAGCUGAAGCAAGUCAAAAUGGAAAUAGAUGUAAAAAGUGUUAUGAUUGUCCAUUAUGUUUUAGUGUAUUGGCAUUACAACAACAACAAUCAACGACUGAAGGAGGUACAUCAUCAUUAUUUUUAUAUUGUAAUUUUUGUAAAUGGAAUUCAUUUGGAAUGGAUAAUUCAAAGUAUGAUACAUUGUCUAUACUGUCGGGUGGUACAAAGGGAAAGGAACUCAGUCCGAUGCAAUUAGAGGCCAACAAGGUAUUGGAUGUUUUGCAAAAGGAAGCUGCAGACAUUGCAUCGAGUAAAGAUUCUCGUACAUUGACUCGACUCAAAUUGGCACAAGCAAUGAGACAGUUAUUCUCUCCUACCAAUGCUGGUGGAAGUGGAAGUGGUGGUAGUGGUAGCGGCGGAGGAGGAGGAUCAGGAUAUUCUCUCAACUCUUCUGCACUAGGUUAUUCAUCAUCACUUGCAAAUAAUUUUAUUCGUGAUGAACGUUGGAACAAGAAUAGAUCAGUUGCUUCACCUCAACCAUCCAAUCCACUUUUACCAUCUCCUUCUUCCUCUUCAUCAUCUGCUUCAUCUACUUCUUCUUCAUCUUCUACUUCUAAUCAUUUAUUAUCAAAGAUGGCAAUUAAAAAAAGAAUUAAUCCAAUUGGACAUCAAGAAGUUGAUCAAAUGAUGCAGGGUAGAGUUGAAGCAAGACAAUUCCAACCGAUAGUAUCAGAUGAUGUCAAACAAGAUAUGGAAGAGGUGGAUGCAUUGUUGGCAAUCGAUAAUGCCAACAAGAUCAAUGGUCUCGGACAGAGAUUUGCCAACCAGCAGCAGGGACCAUUGCUCAGCAACGCCAAGCAGGAGCAACUGGCACCACAACACAAGCAACUGCUCACCAGACGGUCAAAACGUUGUCGUCGAUGCGAUAAACUGCUUGCCAAGCCAGACAUUAAUCCGGCCAAGACCGAAUUCAAGAGACAGCAUUUUGCCUUUUCCUAUGUGCCACGUGUAGUAGUGUCACGUGCCAUUUGGUUGGAAAAAGAUGUCUGCAAUGUACAAAUUCAAUUCACAAACCCACUUCACUCUUAUUUGUUUAUCUGCUUUUUCAAGCAGGUAAAGGACUCCGACAACACCCUUCAAAUCUAUGGUUCCAAAGACGAUAAUGCCAUCCCCAUUGAAAUGCUCACUGAAACCUAUAUUGGUGGUAUUUUGGAUGAAACCGACGACAAGGACAACCAAGCACUCCAACAAUUAAAAGAUGCAGAGAUAUCGAUGCAUUCUCGAUUUGUCAUUGAUCGAAAGGAUAACAAGGUGACACUUGGCUUUUUGGUUCGUGUCUCCAAAGAUGACGCACCUACUUUAGACAAUGAUGAAAUUCGUUCACGAUUGGCUACACCCUCGACACCAACCAAAAAACAAGAUCUACCAAAAUACGAAUCAUCAGUAACCAAUGUCAAAUUUACUUUGGCUCUUUCAUUUAGUUCAAAUAGUUCUAUUCUAAAUAAUCUAGUCGUACCACAACCAACUUCUCCAUCAUCCACUUCUUCACUCAUUCAUAUAUUAUUUGAUAUUCCAGUCCAAGAAUUUGAUAAUACAAAACACCGUCCUAUUUAA